AUGGAUGAAGAUCUGCGUUCAUUGACGAAGCGUGAACGCAGGUGGCUGAACAACUUGGCUGUUACGGAUGACUUCCUGAAGGAGUACAGAGCUGAAACGGAUGAGAAGCAAGUUAGCGUUCGGAUUGAGCUGUUGGACGACAUCUACAACAAGUUCUUCGACAACCGCUACGCCAUCGAAGAGCUGCUGAGAGAAGGUGAAGAUGAUGAAACUGCUGAGGACAAGGCGAAGCGUGAGAAGAUGCUGAAGGAUUCGGACAAGGUGGUUACAGAUUUUGAGAAGCAGUACAUCGACCUGAAGUCUCGGCUGAGGGAGAAACUCCCACGCCCACCUGCUCCACCUGAAGUUGCUGUGGAUAACCAAGUGGUCGUUCAACAACCUGUCUUCUCCAAGGUGAAGCUGCCUGAUAUUCGACUUCCGUCUUUCAGUGGUAAGAUGCAGGAAUGGAUUUGCUUCCGAGAUACGUUCUUGAGUCUGAUUGAUCAGAACGGUCAUCUUACGGACAUGGAUCGGUACACAUACCUCCGUUCGUCGCUGUCCGGUGAAGCCUUGCAGGAGAUCAACAACAUCGAUUUCACUGCAAUCAACUACUCUGUGGCCUGGCAAGCGCUAAUGGAAAAGUACGAGAACAAGAAGUUGCUCGUUAAGGCCUACCUCGACAUUCUGUUCGAGCUGGAACCGCUGAGACGAGAAAGCUACCAAGGUCUGAGCCACCUCGUAAGCGAGUUCGAGAAGAGUCUUCAGAUGCUCGCAAAGCUCGGCGAGAAGGCGGAAAGCUGGAGCACCCUGCUCGUUCACAUGAUCUGUUCACGGCUGGACAGUGCGACGCUGCGCGAGUGGGAGAGUCACCACAAGUCUAAGGAGGUUCCUACGUACACGAAGGUGAUUGAGUUCCUGAAGAGUCAGUGUUCCAUCCUCCAGUCCAUCGCACGUGUGAAAUCGAGCAAUGCUGAUCAACGCCCAUCAAGGCCUGCAGUGUGUAACUUCGCAGCGAAUUCGUCGUCUGGUAGGUGCCGGAUCUGCAACGAACCCUGGCACACACCCUUCCAAUGUAACAAGUUCCAGACGAUGAGCCUGCAAGAAAGAAUCGAUUUUGUGAUGCAGAACAGGUUGUGCCGGAAUUGUUUGAAGCCUGGACAUCUCUCCAGAACCUGCGAAAGAGGACAGUGCCGUCACUGUCGCCGUAAUCAUCACACGAUGCUGCACAUCACAAGAUCCUCCGUUCCACCCACGCAAACGAGACCACAGACAGCGAACCCGAACAGACAGCCACAGAACAGACCAGCCAACACAAACCAGAACCAGCAGAACACUGCCACGGACACUGCAAGUAAUGCGAUCGUCAGGACCGGACAGAACGCAUCAGACACAAAUCAGCAGAACACAAGCCAUGCAUGCAUUGCACUUCCUAUCACGCCUACCCAAAACAUCCUGCUGUCGACUGCACUCGUGAAGGUGAAGGAUCGUCACGGAAACACCCUGCUGGCCAGAGCGCUACUAGAUUCCUGCUCCCAGCACUGCUUGAUGACGAAGUCCUUCUCAACCAAACUGAAGUUCAAGCAAACUCCAGCGUACCUGUCCAUUCAAGGAAUUGGACCUACAGCUGCAGUCUCAACCAAGGUUGUCAGUGCAGAAGUUUGCCCUCGUUCGAGCGCCAUUUCGUCGUUCGCAGAGGAGAUGAAAUUCCACGUGUUGCCGAAGCUAACCGUCCCACUGCCGACUGCAACGAUUGAUCCCGAGCAUUGGAAACUCCCAGAUUGUGCGCAACUUGCUGAUCCUCAGUUCUUUGAGUCGAAGCCGAUCGAUCUCAUCAUCGGUGCGGAGUUUUUCAUGGGCCUGCUCCGGCAAGGAAAGCAGAAGGCGACUCAAGAAGGGCCGACACUUCAAGAAACGGUGUUCGGCUGGAUCAUUUCUGGGCGCGUACCGAACAGUACGGCCACCGAGCAGUCGUCUACGUUUGUCGUCUCCGCUGCACAGCUGCAAGCGGAUCUCGCAAAGUUCUGGGAACUCGAAACGUGCCGCAACAUCAGCACCCACUCACUGGAAGAGUCUGCUUGUGAAGAGUUCUUCGACAAAACCACUGUACGGGACGAAAAAGGCCGUUUCGUUGUAACUCUGCCGAAGAAAGACGACGUUAUUAGCCGGCUAGGAGAGUCGAAAGCAACUGCCGUGAAGCGGCUGAUGGGAAUGGAGAGAAGAUUCGCAGCGAAUCCAGAACUGCAGAAGAUGUAUGCUGACUUCAUGCACGAGUACGAAGCUCUCGACCACAUGGAAGAAGUUGUCGAUGACGCUUCCGCUGGAAUCAAGUACUAUUUGCCCCAUCAUGCUGUUAUCCGGCCAGACAGCACCACAACAAAGCUGCGAGUGGUGUUCGACGCUUCGUGCGCAACGUCCACUGGUGUUUCGCUCAACGACGGACUCAUGGUCGGUCCCGUUGUGCAGGAUGACCUGUACAACACCGUGAUUCGCUUUCGAUUCCACCGUUACGCACUCGUCGCUGACAUCGCCAAGAUGUAUCGGAUGGUUAGGAUCGCCGAAGCAGAUCGGCCCCUGCAGCGAAUCGUCUGGAGAAAGUCCCCUACCGAGCCUGUGCGUACGUUCGAGUUGAAGACCGUUACAUACGGUACAGCGUCUGCGCCGUAUCUCGCCACUAAAUGUCUACAAAGAUUGGCUGCUGACGGAGAAGCAAGAUAUCCGCUCGCUGCCAAGAUUGUCAAACAAGACUUUUACGUGGAUGACUUGCUCACUGGCGUAGAUGAUCUGGAAGAGGGAAUGAAGCUGAUUAACGAGAUCUUGGAGUUGAUGGAGUCUGCUGGAUUAUCGUUACGCAAGUGGAACUCGAACUGUAAGCAGCUGCUGUGGAGAGUCCCCGACCACUUGAGGGAUGGUCAGUCCAUCCUGGAGUUCGACGCUGCAAGCUACACCGUGAAGACGUUGGGACUGAUCUGGGAGCCUCAAUCGGACACCUUCCUAUUCUCCACACCGACUUGGAACAGCACAAGCGAGAUCACGAAGCGUGUGGUUGCAUCCGAUCUUUCUUUGCAUUGGGAUCCGCUAGGAGUAGCUGGUCCAGUUGUCGUCCAAGCGAAGAUAUUCGUACAGCAGCUGUGGCGACACCAGUACGAUUGGGAUGCACCGCUUAAGGAAGCUGAUCAAGAGUUUUGGCUGGAGUACAGACGGAACCUCAAGGGACUAGAAGGCCUCUCAGUUCCUCGCUGGAUAGGAGUCGAACGGAAGACCAAGUCAGUUCAAAUCCACGGAUUUUGCGACGCCUCAACCAAAGCAUAUGGAGCGUGCUUGUACGUGCGGACUGAGUACGAAGACGGCGAAGUAGUGGUGAACCUUCUUACGGCCAAGUCUCGGGUCGCACCAAUCCCGAAGCCGAAGAAGAAGUCGAAGAAGAAGACGUCGCAGAAACAGCCAGAAGAAGAGCAAGCAGAGCAGUCGAAUCCUGAACAAGACGAGUUGGAUGCCGAGCAGACUAUACCAAGGCUGGAGUUGUCCUCUGCCCUUUUGCUCGCACACCUGUACGACAAAGUCGCCAAUUCUCUCCCUUUCAAGCCAGAAGCGUACUUCUGGACUGAUUCGAUGAUUACGCUGUGCCAGAUCAAGUCGCCACCCUCGAGAUGGAAGACAUUCGUCGCGAACAGGGUUUCUGAAAUUCAGCAUCUCACUCGAGGCGGUAUUUGGAAUCACGUCCCAGGAACCGAGAACCCGGCUGACAUAAUCUCCCGCGGAAUGACGCCAGCCCAGUUGCAGUACCAAUCUCUCUGGUUCCAUGGACCCUGCUGGUUAAAGCUGGACAAAGCGAACUGGCCACACGUUCAGCAAAUCCGUAAAGAAGAUCUCGACGCAUCGCUCCUCGAAGAACGCAGCGUUGCUGCAGUGUUGCCAACGAUCGAACCGAGUCACAUCUUCAGCCUGAACUCGUCGCUCACACGUCUAGUACGUGGUGUUGCGUACGGUAUUCGAUUCCACCACAACGCGAAGCAGGCUCACCAAGAUUCGAAAAAGCUUGGACCGAUCACAAGCGAGGAGUACGAGGAUGCACUGAAGCGGUUGGUGCGCAUCGCACAGCAGGAAUGCUUUCAACAAGAGAUCGCUGACCUGAAAAGAGGUCACCAAGUGCAGAACAACUCAAGGAUCGCUGCACUGAACCCACAGCUGGUAGAUGGUCUACUCUGUGUUGGCGGCCGGCUGCAGAACGCCAAUGUCUCAGCGAGCCGAAAACAUCCGUACAUCCUGGAUCAUCGUCAUCCUUUCACCGAGACUGUUAUCGCUGACUACCACGUGAACCUGUACCACGCUGGACAGCAACUGCUGCUGUCAGCUGUGCGCGGACGGUUUUGGCCGACGAGCGCCAGGAACGUGGUGCGCAAGGUGAUUCACUCGUGCGUAAGCUGCUUUCGCGCUAGACCACGUGUCCAGAACCAACUGAUGGCGGACCUUCCGCCCGAGCGAGUCAACCCGUGUUUCGCAUUCCAACGAGUUGGCGUUGACUUUUGCGGACCGUUCUAUUUGGUUCACGGUCUGCGCCGUGGAUCUCCGGUGAAAUGCUUCGUCGCUGUUUUUGUUUGCCUCGUCACUAAAGCGGUACACCUGGAGUUGGUGGCAAACCUGACCACAGAAGCGUUUCUAGCAGCACUCAAGAGAUUCUCAGCCCGCCGCGGUAAACCCGAACUGAUUAAGUGCGACAACGCAACGAACUUCGUGGGGGCUUCGAGAGAAUUGAAGGAGCUGCACAGACUGUUCCUGAACCAAGAGUUCCAAGCGAGGGUGGUCGCGCAGACAGCAGCAGACCGCAUUGAGUUCCAGUUCAUCCCGGCGCGCACCCCGAACUUCGGUGGACUGUGGGAGUCCACCGUAAAGUCGUUCAAGACGCUGCUGAAACGAACUGUUGGAGCUCGCAAGCUGUUCUACGACGAGAUGCAGACAAUCCUGACCCAAAUCGAAGCGAUCUUAAAUUCAAGACCUCUGACACCGCUAAGCAACGACCCGAACGACUUUGAGGCCCUGACACCGGGGCAUUUCCUCAUUCAUCGUCCACUCGUGGCCAUCCCAGAACCAGAUCUGGAUGGCAUUCCGGAAAACCGACUUUCAGCGUGGCAAGCAGUUCAGCACUAUGUGCAAACCCUGUGGAAGACGUGGACAACGCAAUACCUCUCCGAUCUCCACAAUCGGACCAAAUGGACCCAGCAGAAGGACAACAUACGAGUCGGCACAAUGGUGGUUCUGAUGUGCGAAAACAUCCCACCACUGAAGUGGCCCCUGGCACGUGUCACCGAGGUGCACCCAGGGCAAGAUGGACGUGUCCGAGUUGUCACAGUGCGGACUAAGGACGGUACAUUCAAGCGAGGCGUAUCUAAGAUCUGCGUCCUCCCAAUACGCGACAACACCGUACCAUCUUCGCAGCAAGGGGAGAACUAG